UCAUGGGGCCCCCGGACAAUAGGGGAUCAUGGGGCCCCUGUGUCCUUGCCCAAACUCAAAAAAGCCUAUGAAAAAGGUACCUGGGGCAUCUCAUGGGGCCUCUUACUGACCCCGGGCCCUCGGGCAGUGCCCGAGUUUCCAAAUGGUCAGUCCGCCCCUGCUACAGAACACCUUUUGCUAUGCUACAGAGAUAAGGAGAGGGGCAAGUCACUCUAGGACAGGCUCACAAAAUGAAAAAAAGCACACAAAAAAAAAAGCCUAAAAAAGAAUGCACCCACACGGAACACAUAAGAAUG